AUGUCAGAAAAUGUUGGUCUAUCUACACCGAGAGGUAGUGGCACCUCAGGAUACGUCCAGAGAAACCUUGCUCACCUCAAACCUCGCGACCAUGGAGCUCCAUACCCCAAAGAUCUAGAUAGCUUGCGUCACAAGCAGCGGCAGCCUGACAAAGGCAUCCUGGAACAUGAUCGCAAACGACAAAUCGAGGUCAAAGUAUUCGACCUUAGAGAUAAACUAGAGGAAGAAGAAGUCGACGAGGAAGAGAUUGAGAAACGAUGCGACGAACUGCGCGACAAGCUUCUUGCGGAGAUGGAGUCAGGUAAAAAGGGCUCUGGCCCAAGACGAACAUUCAAAGAGCACCAAGUCCAUGAAAUGGCCGACGCGAAGAUCAAGGAAAGCGAACGCUUAAGAAGGGCGCUUAAGAUUAGCUCAGACUAUGAGGAAGGCAGUCACUGGAAGAGACAAGAGGAGAGACUCCGCAAUGCUCUCGAAAAAGAUGCCGAUGAAAAGGAAGGAGAGUGA